UUAUUUGUUGUUUCUGGUAAAACUUUCACGUUCACUCAGAGUUCUUUAUUUACAUUUUUUUUUAUACGACGCAAAAGCAUCUCGACUCUUUUCUUUUUUUUCUGUGUGUGUUUCGUGUAUAUUAUUAGGUUGUACCAUAUCAUUUAUAUAAAUAUUAUAUAAACAUUUUAAUUUCUGGGAUAUUGUGUUUCUUUAAAUUUUAACCAGAAAUGUUCGAAAAUCUUUCACUCGCCUACGGAGCUUUUCCGCUUAUUUUUCUCAACCUUGCAACUAUCGUGAAGGCUGCUAUUACUUGUGGUACUUUUACAUGUACUGGUAAUGCUUACUGUUGUGGUGUUGACAAUAACACGUGUUGUUUCUACAGGCCAAUUUACCGUAUAUGGUGGUUUUGGUUUGUAUGGUUCUUAAUAUUUCUCGGAAUAAUUUCUUGUUCCUAUCUCUGCUACCAAAGAAGAUAUAAAAAUAAACGAAUUGUUCAUGCUACCCGGAUAUAUGGUCUGCCACCAAAUCAACCUGGUGCAUAUGUAGUCGGACCAUACCAAGCCUACAAUGUCGCAGGACAACCAGGUAUAAAUCCUGUUGCUCCGCCUCCUUAUAAAAUGCACGCACCACCCUAUACUCCAAAUUAAAGAAUAUUACGAGAACUGCAAUGAAUAUAAUUAUAUUUCAAUUAAUUUAUUUAUGCUGUUUUUGUGACUAUGUAUUUUUGUACCUUAUAAAAACUUAUGAAAACUCUGAUUUGUAACUGUUUACAGAGUACUUUUAAUGAAGAAAAAAAAGUGUUAAUAUAUAAAAAUAAAGGAAUU